GGAAAUAAAUUAGUUUGAAGAAGCCCGACCCAAGUGAGAAUAUCUGUGGAUUUGGAUUUUAUAUUUCUGCACCAUUGUUGGGCAUAACAUACUGUUGACUGGUGUAACUGUGGAAACAUUACCCACUCUAAGAGGAGGUGGUGCUGCUGCCACUAUGACCACUGAGGAGCCCCCACUCUCCUGCCCCAUGUCAACACCAUGUUAAAAAAUUGGGACCUGAUUUACAUUGUCCUAGAGGUGGUCACUGCUGUGUUGGCCAUUCUUGGAAAUGUGCUGGUGUGCUGGGCCGUAUGUAUCAAUAGCAACCUUCAGAAUGCCACUAACUACUUUGUGGUGUCACUGGCUGCGGCGGACAUUGCUGUGGGUGUCCUUGCCAUUCCAUUUGCUAUCUCAAUCAGCACUGGAUUCUGUGCCACCUUCUACUCCUGCCUCUUCAUUGCCUGCUUCGUUUUGGUGCUGACACAGAGCUCAAUCUUCAGCCUCCUCGCCAUUGCUGCCGACCGCUACAUUGCCAUCCGCAUCCCACUCAGGUAUAACAGCCUGGUGACCAGCCAAAGAGCCAACGCUAUAAUUGCAGUCUGCUGGCUACUCUCCUUUAUCAUCGGUCUUACCCCAAUGCUUGGUUGGCACAAGCCAAUGUCCCAAGCAAUAAACUCAUCGCGGUGCAGCCCCCAGAUGUUGGAGUGUCUGUUUGAAAGUGUGGUGACUAUGGAUUACAUGGUGUAUUAUAAUUUCUUUGCAUGUGUUCUUGUGCCACUGUUGCUCAUGUUAGGCAUAUACCUGCGCAUUUUCAUGGCAGCUCGACGCCAACUGAAGCAAAUGGAGCUUAAAGUGUCAUGUGGCGAGCGCUCCCGUUCCACACUGCAGCGAGAGGUCCACGCUGCAAAGUCUUUAGCCAUCAUAGUGGGGUUGUUUGCCCUGUGCUGGUUACCCUUGCACAUUAUUAACUGCUUUACUCUUUUGUGCAAGGAGUGUGCACGUGCCCCAAUGUGGCUUAUGUACUUCGCCAUUCUCCUUUCUCAUAUCAACUCAGUGGUGAACCCCUUGAUCUAUGCGUAUCGCAUACGUGAGUUCCGGCAUACUUUCCGAAAGAUAUUGCGUCAGCACUUACUGGGCCGAGGGGAGCCUUUCCAGUCAAGGACGGUCAGUGCCAAGUCACUGACCUACGGAGCAGAUGAGGAAGGAGGGAGCAUUCACAUCCGUCAUAAUGGCUCUCACCUUUGCACUCAUGCCAAUGGAAGCACUUGCAAAUUAAAGGAGGCAUUGCAUCAAAAUGGGGGUCCAGCUGGACAAAAAGAUGAGAGGACGGGCUGUCAUAAAUUUGAAAAACAGAAGAAAGAGAAGCUGGAGAAAUCCCAACUGAGGUCACUCAUGGAAACCCCAGUAAAAUGACACUUGGAUGUAGACUUGUGCACAAAUAAGUGAGUGUUUGCUGCUCACUACAAGCUCUUUUACUUGGAAACUUCAUCAUUUAUUUAUGGCAUUUGCAGAAUCUGCAGUGUUAGCAAUGAGACUUGCACUGUGCACCACCCGCACAGUGAUCUGCAGAAGCUGCUAUGCAAACCUCUGUAUUUGGCCCAGGGGUGUCUAAGGACUGCAGGGCCUGGUGCUGUCCACUGUGCUCCAUGUCGUGUUUUUAUAUUGAAUAUUAAAUAUAUACAUUCUGGUCAGUCAACUAA